AUGACGACUGGAAACAACAAUGUCAAUGCACCAUCUCCCACCACCUUCUCCCCUCCCUUGAAGAAUAAUAAAAUGGAUGUUGGACAGCAUCCACAACAACAUGAACAUGAUGUCGAGGCCGGCAUUCAUCUUGUUGCACAUUCUGGACAGCCUCCUAGUCCUGGAUCGUGGCUUCCCUCCCACGAUAACGAUAAUCAUCAUCAUGACGACGACGACGAUGGCUUCUCUGAUCCCUUCGACAUUGCCAAUACCAAGACCGCAUCCCUCGAGUCCCUCAAACGCUGGAGGCAAGCAUCACUUGUGCUCAAUGCUUCACGCCGAUUCCGUUAUACGUUGGAUUUGAAAAAAGAAGAAGAGAAGGAACAAAGGAGGAGGAUGAUCAGAGCACAUGCUCAAGUCAUAAGAGCUGCAUUGCUCUUCAAAUUGGCUGGCCAGCGAGCAAUUGUCUUAGGCGCCACUGUUGCUCCUCCAUGUCCAAAUGGUGAUUAUGGGAUUGGACUUGAACAACUGGCAUCAAUAUCUAGGGACCAGAAUACUUCUGCUCUACAACAAUAUGGAGAGGUCAAAGGGAUAGCAGAGAUGCUGAAAACAAAUCUGGAUACAGGAAUUGGGGGUGAUGCCGAUGAACUCCUAAGCCGAAGGAAUGCCUUUGGAUCAAAUACAUAUCCUGUGAAAAAAGGACGGAGUUUCUUGAGGUUCCUUUGGGAGGCUUGGCAAGAUUUAACCCUCAUUAUAUUAAUUAUAGCUGCCAUAGCAUCAUUGGCGCUCGGAAUAAAAACAGAGGGCAUACAAGAAGGAUGGUAUGAUGGGGGAAGCAUUACUUUUGCCGUUCUUCUUGUUAUUUUUGUAACAGCAACUAGUGAUUACCGACAGUCUCUCCAGUUUCAAAGUUUAAAUGAGGAAAAGAGGAAUAUAAAAGUAGAGGUUAUUAGGGGUGGUAGAAGAGAAAAGAUAUCUAUAUAUGAUAUUGUUGUUGGUGAUGUUGUACCUCUCAAAAUUGGUGAUCAGGUCGCUGCUGAUGGUAUUUUAAUUGUUGGUCAUUCUCUUGCCAUCGAUGAAUCUAGCAUGACAGGGGAAAGCAAGAUUAUGCACAAAGACCAAAAAUCUCCAUUCUUGAUGGCCGGUUGUAAGGUAGCAGAUGGUGCUGGAACAAUGCUGGUAACUAGUGUGGGAAUCAACACUGAAUGGGGAUUGUUGAUGGCGAGCAUUUCAGAGGAUACUGGAGAAGAAACCCCCUUACAGGUGCGCUUGAAUGGGGUUGCAACAUUUAUUGGCAUAGUUGGGCUCACUGUGGCACUGUUGGUACUUCUUGUUCUCCUGGCUAGAUUUUUCACUGGGCAUUCAAGAAAUCCUGAUGGAACUACUCAAUUUGUCCGAGGAAAGACUAGCAUUGGUGAAACAGUUGAUGGAGUCAUAAAAAUAAUCACUGCUGCAGUCACAAUUGUGGUUGUUGCUGUUCCUGAAGGGCUACCAUUGGCAGUUACCUUGACCUUAGCUUAUUCAAUGAAGAAAAUGAUGGCUGAUAAGGCCUUGGUGCGCAGGCUUUCUGCUUGUGAAACUAUGGGCUCUGCAACGACCAUCUGCAGCGAUAAAACUGGAACAUUAACUCUGAAUCAGAUGACGGUAGUUGAGGCGUAUGUUGGGAAAAACAAGAUGGAUCCACCCGAAGAUGGAUCGAAGCUUCAUGCAGUUGUUUCAUCUCUUCUAGAUGAAGGCAUAUCACAGAAUAGUGCAGGAAGUGUGUUUCUCUCUAAGGAUGGUGGAGUAGAGGUUUCUGGUUCUCCCACAGAAAAGGCUAUUCUUUCAUGGGCUGUCAAGCUGGGGAUGAAGUUUGAUGUUGUGAGAUCGGAGUCUAUAGUUCUCCAUGUUUCACCAUUUAAUUCUACCAAAAAAUGUGGAGGUGUUGCAGUACGUGGAAAGAGUAACUCUGAAGUCCACAUACACUGGAAGGGAGCAGCCGAAAUAAUUCUAGACUCGUGUACUGAGUACCUUGACAUAAAUGGCCGCUUGCAGUCCAUUGACCAGGAUAAGGAAUUCUUCAAGAGUGCAAUAGAAACUAUGGCGGCGAAAAGCUUGAGAUGUGUUGCAAUUGCAUAUAGAAAAUGUGAAGUAGAGAAGGUUCCUACAGAUGAAGAACAGCUUGCAGGAUGGGUUUUACCUGAAGAUGGGCUCAUUCUGCUUGCCAUUGUUGGUAUAAAGGAUCCUUGUCGGCCUGGUGUCAAGGAUGCUGUGAGACUUUGCACGGAUGCUGGUGUUAAGGUGCGAAUGGUUACCGGAGACAACCUUCAAACAGCUAAGGCAAUUGCAUUGGAGUGUGGAAUCCUUACUUCAGAUGCAGAUGCCAUUGAGCCUAUAAUCAUUGAAGGGAGAACGUUCAGGGAGAUGUCUGAUAUGGAGAGAGGACAAAUAGCAAAAGCUAUAUCAGUCAUGGGAAGGUCUUCUCCAAGUGACAAGCUUUUACUCGUGCAAACUCUACGUAAACAAGGGGAAGUUGUUGCUGUUACGGGAGAUGGAACGAAUGAUGCUCCUGCACUUCAUGAGGCUGAUAUAGGUCUAGCCAUGGGCAUCCAAGGAACUGAAGUUGCAAAAGAAAGCUCUGACAUCAUUAUCUUGGAUGAUAAUUUUGCUUCUGUUGUGAAGGUUGUUCGCUGGGGUCGUUCUGUAUAUGCAAAUAUUCAGAAAUUUAUCCAGUUCCAGCUCACUGUUAAUGUUGCAGCACUUGUCAUUAAUGUUGUGGCAGCUGUAUCUUCUGGCGAUGUUCCUCUGAAUACAGUGCAGCUUUUGUGGGUUAACCUCAUCAUGGAUACUCUAGGAGCAUUGGCUUUGGCCACUGAGCCACCAACCGAUCAUCUUAUGCACAGAACACCUGUUGGUCGAAGGGAACCUUUGGUGACAAAUAUCAUGUGGAGGAACUUGAGCAUACAGGCGUUGUAUCAAGUUGGAGUCCUCCUUGUUCUUCACUUCUGCGGAAAGAGUAUUCUUAACCUGAAGCAUGAUGACACAGGACAUGCCAACAUGGUCAAGAAUACUCUGAUAUUCAAUGCAUUUGUCCUCUGCCAAAUAUGCAAUGAGUUCAACGCUCGAAAGCCAGAGGAGUUCAAUGUGUUUACUGGUGUGACGAAAAACCACCUCUUCACGGGGAUUGUAGGAACUACUUUAGUACUUCAGAUAAUCAUCGUUGAGUUCCUUGGGAAGUUUGCUUCGACCGUCAGACUCGAUUGGAAACUAUGGUUGGUUUCAAUUGCCAUUGGUCUCUUCAGCUGGCCCCUUGCUAUUAUUGGAAAAUUGAUCCCUGUUCCGGAGACUCCCCUGGCAAAAAUUUUGUCGAAGCCAUAUCAGCGACUGGUAGCUGCUCGUAAGGCUUAGCUUGUCAUCUCUGCGGUUGAAUGAAGUAAGAGAAAUAAGUGCGUCCAUUUGCUGAUACGGUUCCAAAGCCACUGCUGCUGCAUGGAGACGACGACUUUUUGGUUGCAAUACAUACUACUGCCAACCGCCAUACCCCUUCUUGUCAUCAUCUCAUGCAUGCAUCAUGUUGUUGUUGUACCCUCGCAUGUACAGUACAGAUAUACAAAUGGAUUUUAUAGAAAGAAACAUAAAACAUGGAUAAGCAUCGUGCGGCUGCGGGCUCAGAGGUGACUCUGGUUGUAACAACGUCAUAUAUACUUU